GAAGAAUUUGACUAUCGAAUUGGUGGCUGCGACAAGCUGCUGGUUGGUUACUCGCGUUAAUCCAGCGUUAUUCCUUGACAUGAGUGUUGUAAGAUGGCUACGAACGUGUUGAGGUUACCAGAUUCUUUGUAUAAUUUAGGAGUUUCAGCGGUUAUCAGCAAUUAUAAUAAUUUUAAAAAUGAUCUUCGCACACUUCCAGAAAGUUUGCUGUUCGAUUUAUACCACAAGCUCUAUCUGGAUAAAAGAUUAUGUCUUCUUAGUGGUGAAUUUAGUGAUUUGGACGUAUUCGCGCGAAUGUUAAAGGUUACGAAUAGACGGCUGCAUUUGUUGAAGAGUUUUCAGUCUUUAAUGGAUCAUGACUCUCGGGUGGCACAAGAUUUAGCUCUGAGUUACCAGAUGAGAUGUGUGGGCCUUAAUGGAUGCCAAUGUAAAGAGUCCACUAUUGAUCUUGGAUUACGACUGGGUGGUUUCCUAAGUGAUGCUGGAUGGUUUGCAGAGAGUGAAAGAGUUUUACUUGCAUGCAAAGAACUGUGCCAAUCAACUGACCUGACAGGCCCCAAUCUACGCAAACUCCUCGAAUGUUGCCACAAGUUACUCCGUACCCAGGCUGCCUUUUGCCAGUUUGCUGGAGCACAAAAAAGCUAUCAGCUAGCCCUGGAAGUUGUUGCACAAUUGCAGAACCUACAGGAGCCUACAAACCUUUCGGGGCUCUUCACAGAGUUUUCAGUGUUGCAUUUCAGCCGAAGUGAAUAUGAUGAGGCUCACCGAUGGAGUUUGCAAGCCCUUCGCCGAGUGCAUAAUGCGCCAGUACGAUUGGCCGUGGAUGUUCUCCGUCAGGCGGCCAAAGCUUGUGUGUUGAAGCGUGAGUUUCGCCGCGCUGGCCUACUGGCAAAGCAGGCUGUGUGCUUGACGAGAGAUGUGUACAACACUGAUCACCCCAAAUAUGCAGAUGCCCUGCUGGAUUAUGCGUUUUAUUUACUCAAUUUUGAUUGCAUCAGGCAGAGUGUUGCUCUCUAUGAGAUGGCUCUGGACAUUCGAAAAGCUAUGUUUGGAAAGGUGAAUCUCCACGUUGCUGUAGCCCAUGAAGAUCUUGCUUAUGCACUUUAUGUUCAUGAAUACAGUUCUGGUCGCUUCUUGAAAGCUCGAGAACAUGCUGACAAAGCCAUUGCUAUAAUGGAAAGGCUGCUCCCAGAGGAUCAUCUCAUGUUGGCGUCUGUGAAGCGUGUGAAGGCUCUGAUUUUAGAAGAGAUUGCUCUUGACACCAUGAUCCACAAUUCUGGAAUGAAUAUUUUACUUUCGAAGGCUGAGGAAUUGCAUCAAUCAGCUUUGAAGUUGGCAGUAGCAACAUUCGGUGAAAAGAAUGUCCAAACAGCUAAACAUUUUGGUAACUUGGGACGUUUGUAUCAGAGCAUGAAGAAGUUCCAGGAAGCAGAAAUAAUGCAUUUGAAGGCCAUUGCCAUCAAAGAAGAGCUGCUUGGUUGUGAUGACUAUGAAGUGGGCUUGUCUAUAGGUCAUCUGGCUAGUCUAUAUAAUUACCAUAUGAAGAAGUAUCGGAAAGCAGAACAGUUGUACUAUCGGUCCAUAGGAAUUAGUCUCAAAUUGUUUGGUGAGAACUACUCAGGUCUGGAAUAUGACUACAGAGGCCUGAUGCAUGUGUAUCAUGAAUUGAAAGACGUGGAGAAAGUGGCAGAAUACCAGUACCUGCUCAACAAUUGGCGUCUGCACCGAGAGAUGCAUGCUCAAAAGGAGGACCCCCCUCUGGGGUUGUUUGAGCCUGCACUGCCCUUACAAACUCUUGCAGAGCAGGCAUUGUGCACUGAUUGAGGCAAUCCCCAGUGAAAGCACUGCCAAACAACUCUCAGAAAAAAUGUGGCUGUAAUCUACAAAACUGCGAUGGCACUGCCUGUUUUUAAGAGUGGUGGCGUCUAUAUUCAAAGUGCUGUGUAUGAGUGAAACUUUGUUUUUGAGUAGUUUUACUGCUAGCUGACAUCAAAGGAAGUGAAUGUGGAUAUGCUGUUAAGGACACACAAAUUGUUAUUAGUAUAUGUGAAGCAUUUGCUUAAGUUGUUUGCACAUAGCACUCAACAGAAUGAGAGCAUUGAGGCCUUCAGAGGGUCAUCAGGCUGGGUUUGGAUGAAUAGGUUGGUUCAGCAUUUUGCUACUGUGAUCUGAUGCAUUUUCUUUGAUAAAACGUUGGGUAUAUGUAGUACACUACUGCUAACGAACAUUCUUUCCAUUUGUUAUUAAUGUGUGAAUGCUUUCCUUUUCUAAACCAUGAUUACAAAGUGAUAUCUUGGUACUGUUUAUUAUUUGACAAAAAUUCAUUAUCAAAGAAUUUGACAUGACUACUUUGUAUGAUUUGCCUUCUUACAGUAUUAACUGGCUUGAGCUUGGUUAAUCGCACCAGGUAUCGUGAGGCCAAAUUGUGUACGUAUUGCCUCAUAUUGUAUAUUUUGGAUGAGGUAAGAUUCUUCAAACAUUUCAGCCUUUGUUUUAUUGGAUUGUGCAUCAUGUAAAUAAUUAUAAUUCUUUUCAAAGCAUUUUGUAUUAAAGUUCUUCCCGUAUAGAGGUAGAUGUAACUAUGUAGUAUAUUGCAAAUUAACAUGCUGUUUUAUUUUUGUUUGCUCAAGCCAUUUAAUUUGGAGUGAGAGAUGUAAAUUCGGUAUGUGUUUACACCUGAUAUGUAUAUAGUAAUUACCCGAGAGAUAUAAAUAUAUAUAUAUAUAAAAAUUCACAUAUACAACUUCAGUGUUAGUUUUUAGCUUUCAAAUAUUGAUCCUGUUUCAUUUGUUACUCCCUGUAUGUUGUAAGUUUCUGUGUGUAAAGAAUCAGGACUCUCAACUGAGGAAUGUUUUGUUGUGAAUUUGUAGUUCAUUCUGUGUUUUAUAUUUUUUGUCUUAAAUCACUAAUGUGUUUGUUAAAAAUAAUAAAAAAUAUAUAUUUACUAUUAUGUACUGUAGGAAAUGUAUUUUAAUUUUUUUGCACAAUACGGAAGACUAUUAUAUAAAUGUGUUUAUUAUUGAGAAACCAGUCCCCAAACCCAUAAAGACCUUUACCCAGGUCAUCAUAUCUGAUACCAAUGUGGACUCUGUGAAUACACGAUGUUGAUCAAUGAUCACUGUAGCUUUUACUAUAUUUGGGAGCAUGCAGGAAAUGGGUUAUUCUGAGUUAGACAGUAGUUUUUAGAAAUUACAUACUUAAUGAAAGUCUUGGCUGACUGGGAGACAUGGUGGUGUUGUGAUGCUAAUGUUUUGGCUGUUUUAAUGUUUCAUGACCUUUGAGUCAUUUGUUAUUGUGAAUGAAUACUAAUAAAUUGUGUUGUUGUUAUUAUUGAUGUGCAUUAAACACUAUCGUACAUUCAUCAGAUAUAUUGCAUGUGUUUAUCAGACCACUUCCAACCCUCCAUUUGGGACAAGUGAGGUGUCAUUCAAUGUGUCUCAGUAUAUAGAUGGGGAACAGGAUUGAUUCCUCCCUUUUUUUCCCCUCCCCUUUCUUCUUUUUUCAUUGCAAGAAUUGAUCUGAGUGAACUGUUUUUUAACUACCAAACAUUCAUUGCAUUUUCCAGAGUUAAAUACAGUGUCAGAAAAUUAGGUUAAACAUUGUUUGAGCUACAGCACUGUAAGAACCAACAAAACUGGCCACAGGUAUGAUACCAAAGGAUCACAGAUGAUAGUAGUUUAUGUAAUAAAAUAUUAGUAUGUGCACAAUACAAUGAAAGAAAUUUACUUGGGGGGGGUGGAUACUAAUGUGGGUUGGCAUUCACAGCUGAAACCUUGAAAGAACUUCUGAAGUGGACCCUUAAAAGUUUUGGAAGGGACUUUCAUAAUGACUUUUAUUUUUGUAAAUGUGUUCAAUUUUUCCCAUCAAAUGCAACAGUUUGGGGGGAGAAGCUUUCAAACCCAUCAUACUACUGUGUAUAUGAUUCAACUAAAUACAAUUGUAUGUAUUAAUUGUAUCAUUAAAGUUAUAAUUUCAAUCUCCU